AUGCAAGAUGGAAACGACCGGGCCCAACACAGCGUCGCCGACUCGCACACUGGCACGAACGGACGCAGCUGUUACACAGGACGCGGCGCGGCGCCCCCCCAGCCAACCGCGCUCGCCUCGCCUCGUCCCACAGCCUGCUGCGAAGGGCGGGACACGAGGCGGCUAGCAAACGGACGCAGGGAACGCUUGCAAGUACCUGGUCUCCAUGUCCGUGGCGUGCACAGCGAGCAACUGAGCCGGGGCGAAGGCGGCUGCAGACGGCGCGGGCGUCCAACACCUGACGACAUGCGGCCCUCCGAAGCAAAAGACGCACCCCGCAGGCCACCACCAGGCGGCCGCGGCGGCUGCGGCGACGACGCACUAGGCCGCCGGCGACGAGCAAAGCGGCGGGGCCGCGGCGCCCGGGACGGCGGAAGCGUGCCGGCGGCGGCGGAACACAACGACGGGCCGCGGCUGCGGCGGGGGCGACGGACGACGCCCGAUGGCAUGACGCAGCGAACCCGCGAGCCCCACCGGGACGGCUCGCCUCGGCGUUGCGUUGCGCUGCGCUGCGCUACCCCCACCACGCGCCGCCCCUCCCCCUCCGGCGGCCAAUGGGCGCGUGGGCGGCCCCGCUGCGCGCGGCUGCGCGCGGGCCACGAGCGACGAGCCGCCCACCGGCAGGGGAGGCGAACGCAAUGCGCUCGUCUUGUGGCGUUCGCAGAGAUCACAACAGAGCUGCUUUUGGGGAUGGCCCCCGCACGAAAUACAAGCGCUCUUUAA